UCUCUGUCACACCCCACCAAAGUGUUCUCAGUCACACCACAUAUGUACUCAAAAUUAGAAAGCCUAACAAAGAUCAAUCAUUGUACUGCCUUCUCAUCUCAAAGACUAUACACACAUUGUCUACCCCUUUGACAUUAUUAUUACCAAUCUUCAAAAGAUAGUAAUGUUAAAAAUCACAAUCUCAACUUUAAUCUCUAGUCUUUUGUCAAGGCAACUAAAUGUCAAUUUUUAUAAAACAUAAUAAUAUUAUUUUAAUUUUAAAUUUAUAACAUCAGAAACGUGGAAGAAAAAUAAUAAAAAAAGACAGCUUUUAGAUUACUAACUCCACACAAGAAAACAAUAGAGAUACCUGCAACCUCCAACUUGGGGGCCCCCAGCCAUUACUUAACACUUACUGUUUACUCUUUCCUCUGUCUUAAAAUCUCUCUCUCUCUCUCUCUCCUCUCUUCGUGUAAGCAAAGAACCGAUCUUUCGAUAAUUUGGGUAAUAACUCUUCUCUAUUCCCCUCCAAGCUCUCCAGUGAUCGCAUUGUUCCUGUGAAAGCUCGACUUUGCUCUCUCCAAUCGCCUCCAGAACCUGCUGAAUCUUGGAUUUGUAGUUUUGAAUGGAUCCUGUGCCGGUUCGAUGCCUCCUUAACAGCAUUUCUCGUUACCUUCAUCUGGUUGCAUGCCAGACCAUAAGAUACAAGCCCAUCCAAACAUGUAUUGGAAAUGUGGUUCACUUGUUGAAGCUCUUGAAACCGUUUCUUGAUGAUGUUGUUGAUUGCAAAGUACCUCCUGAUGACUGCUUAAACAGCGCCUGCGAAGAUCUGGAUUCCGUAGUUAACCAGGCUAGAGAGUUCUUAGAGGACUGGUCUCCAAAGAUGAGCAAGCUCUUUGGUGUGUUUCACUCCGAGCUUUUGUUGGAGAAGGUCCAGACUUGUUCGUUGGAGAUUAGUCGCAUACUUGUGCAGCUAUCACAGUCAAGUCCUGUAACUUCAAGUGUACAAGGUGUUGAGGUAAACUUACUUCAGCGGUGUAUGCAGGAGAUUGAAUGUUUUAAGCAAGAGAGGACACUGUCUGAACACAUGAAGGAUACUGUGCCUUUGGAUACUGAUGAUCUUGACAGCAUUAUUCACAUGAUGGGAUUGAUAUCAAACCAAGAUCUCUUGAAGGAAAGCAUUGCUGUGGAGAAGGCGAGGAUAAGAUCACAGACCAGCAAGUCCAAAGAAAAGAUGGAACAAAUGGACCAACUGAUAGAUCUCGUCUCUUGCAUCCGUGAACACAUGCUCAAAACCGAGUUUCUUGAAGUAGCUAAAGGUGUCUCAAUACCUCCCUACUUCCGGUGUCCUUUGUCAACAGAACUCAUGCUGGAUCCGGUUAUAGUAGCUUCAGGACAGACAUUUGACAGAACAUCCAUCAAGAAAUGGCUUGAUAACGGGUUAGAUGUUUGUCCUAGGACGAGGCAGGUGCUGACUCAUCAAGAACUCAUUCCCAACUACACGGUUAAGGCUAUGAUAGCGAGUUGGUUGGAGGAAAACAGUAUCAAGCUUCCUGCUAACUGUGAUGGUGGUGGUGAUGCUUCAUCCAUGGCUAACAACAUGGGUUCUAAUGACUUCAACCGGACCGAGAGUUUCCGUUUUUCUUUGAGGAGCAGCAGUUUUACCUCGAGAUCGUCUCUUGAAACUGGAAAUGGGUUUGAGAAAGUGAAGAUCAACGUUCCUGCUAGUUUAUGCGGUGAAUCUCAGUGCAAGGAUCUUGAGAACUUCGAACUUUCUUCUUCAGGGCAGUCUUAUACUCACAGCAGGAGUGAGUCAGUUUGCAGUGUGGUCUCUUCUGUUGAUUAUGUUCCUUCAGUGACAAAUGAGACACAAAGUAUUCAAGAGAAUCACCAAAGCUGCAGUGAGAUGUCUCCUAAGAAACAAAACUCAGAAAGUUCAAGCAACGUUAAUCAUGAGUAUAGUGAGUGCUCUUCACAUACUAUGAAACUGGUACAAGAUCUUAAAGAUGGAUCUAGCAAAGAGAAGACUGCUGCUGCGGCUGAGAUACGUCAACUCACCAUUAACAACGUUGAGAACCGUGUUCAGAUUGGGCGUUGCGGUGCCAUCACUCCACUGCUGUCACUUCUAUACUCGGAAGAAGAGCUAACUCAAGAACAUGCAGUCACUGCUCUUCUUAAUCUUUCGAUUAGUGAAGUAAACAAAGCCAUGAUUGCAGAAGCCGGAGCUACAGAGCCGCUUGUUCAUGUUUUGAACACAGGUAAUGACAGAGCGAAAGAGAACUCAGCAGCAACGUUGUUCAGUCUAUCUGUUCUGCAAGUCAACAGGGAGAGAAUAGGACAGUCUAACGCAGCGAUACAGGCUCUGGUGAAUCUUCUUGGAAAGGGAACGUUCAGAGGGAAGAAAGAUGCUGCGUCUGCUUUGUUCAAUCUCUCGAUAACUCAUGAGAACAAGGCUCGUAUUGUGCAAGCCAAGGCGGUGAAGUAUCUUGUGGAGCUGUUGGAUCCGGAACUAGAGAUGGUUGAUAAAGCAGUUGCUCUUCUUGCGAAUCUUUCUGCAGUUGGAGAAGGGCGUCAAGCGAUUGUGAGGGAAGGUGGGAUACCGUUACUUGUUGAGACGGUUGAUUCAGGGUCUCAGAGAGGGAAAGAGAAUGCAGCUUCUGUGCUGCUUCAGUUGUGUCUGAACAGUCCCAAGUUUUGCACUUUGGUGUUGCAAGAAGGCGCUAUACCUCCACUUGUAGCCUUGUCUCAGUCUGGUACACAGAGAGCAAAAGAGAAGGCACAGCAACUCCUCAGCCACUUCCGGAACCAGCGAGAUGCAAGGAUGAAGAAAGGUAGAUCAUGAACAUCAAGAAAUGGAGCUCCAUGAGAUUUGUAUUGUUAAGCUAGUAGAUUUUUUUUAACUCUCUCUUUUUGUCAGGAACAUUAUAGUGUCUUCCCUUCUCUCUCCUUUUUGUGUUGUGUGAUGAGUGUGUUAAUGCUUGUGUGUAGUAGUUAUAUAUAUAUGUGGAACUUGUGAGAUUUGAGUAUAUAGGAAAUGAAGUUUUUAUUACAUAACACAUUUGCAUAGA